AUGGCGUCUCACAGCCACAAUCCGUUCGACCUCGAGAUCACCAUAGUCUCAGCGAAGCACCUGAAGAACGUCAACUGGAGAAACGGAGAUCUGAAACCCUACGCGACCAUCUACCUGGACAACUCCGAUCACAGGCUCGCCACUCACGCCGACGACUCCGGCUCCACUCGUCCCGUAUGGAACGAGCGAUUCACGCUCCCGGUGACCCGAAUGAUCGCCGAUUCGGUCCUCACCCUGGAGAUCUUGCACUCCAGGCCAUCGGAAACCCCCAAGCCUCUCGUGGGCGCCGUGAAGAUCCCUCUCUCGCAGAUUCUCGACUCCGACGAGUCUCCGGCCGCAAUCCGAUCUUUCGAGCUACUCCGUCCCUCCGGCCGUCCCCACGGUAAGGUUCGCCUGAAGCUGGCCUUGAGAGAACGCCCCAUGCCCCCACCUCCGCCCAUGCCUGCUCCCCCUCCGCCGCAGCAGGUAUCUCACCAAAUUCCAGAUUACCAUAGUGCCCCUAACUAUUCCCAUUAUUACGCCGCCGCCCCUCCGCCGCCUCCAGCCCCUAUGACAAGUCGGGAUUACAGGGAGUUCUCUCCAGCUCCGUACAAUUAUCCAGACCAGUAUGGCUACUACUCGGCCUAUUACCCUCCGCAGCCGCCUCUGCCAUCUCGACCUUUGUACAAUCGGGCUUCCAGCUACAACCUGCAGAGCGGGCCUUCUGCUCCGGUUGACAUAUCGGCACCACCACCGCCACUGCAGCCUUAUGAUCACAAGGUGAUGCCUCAGCCAUCAGUGUCAUUGUCGAAGACAUCUGUGUAUGGAGGACCCAGCGGACCUUCAGCUCCUAUGGACUAUUCAUCCCAAUAUGGGGGUGUGAAAGGAGGCGCUACAGAGCUCAGCAGCAGUAUGGGUGGGCUGAAUCUUGAAGAAUCCGGGAGCAACUACGAGAGGGAGAAAGCUCCGGACAGGGAGAGUUUCGCUGGUUAUCGGGACUACCGUCACGAGUAUUGA